AUGGCAAAACAUUAUCAUUACUAUGACGCGUCCACCACGCUCGCCCAAAUCAAGGAAGUUCUCAUUGAACAUGAAGACUACAAGGAGGAAUUGACCACUGAACUCGAGCAGAUUGAGAAAAAGAUGAUGGAGGUCUCUGAAUUACCGCUGAUUCCAGCAGGCGAACUGUACCCUAGCUGCAAGUUCGCCAUCAAAGUACAAUGUCAAUACACUACUAACAGGAGAACAGUUCGGAAAACAGAGAUUACUGCUGUUACUAUAGCUCUGGAAAAAAAGUUCACGGACGCGUGUAUUGGUUAUUAUAUGAGAGAGCUGACGCGCACCGACACGGGCCCAUUCUGGGCUAUCUGCGAGAUCGGCAAAGGGAAAACGAGUGAACGUAACGAGAAGCUUCGCAAGAAGAAGCAUGAGGACAUACUCAGAUUGUUCAAUUUGAUCCACUACGAAAUCAAGCGGUUCCAAGAGUCCGUUUCAGGCUGGAUCUUGGAGCAAAAUAUAGAGACACUACGGUACGGCUUGAAGUGCGACGAGAACGAGAAAGUGAAGUGGCGCCAUCAAAAUGAGCUGCUAGAGGCUUGGAAAAGGAAAGAGUGCGCUAUGGUGGUUGUGAGUGGUCUGGAAAAGAUGUUUCAAAGAAUGCGAAAGGCUGUUGGCUGUGAAGAUGAAGACUAA